AUGCGAUUCCACUCGCCUACAUCUUGGCCCUGCUCCCCACGUCUACAUGGAGGUCCGUAAAUUUUCCAGCUCGGGUCGACGUUCCGGAGAUCGCCGACUGAUCCUUGAGCCAUUCCUAUGACACGUAGAUUGCCAUGAUCUUGACCGUAGGAAAAUGGAGUAAUGCAUCACCAAGGUCAGUCGUCUUCGGACUCCAAAAACGAUACUCUGUUGAUCCUUGGCUCAACUAGUGUCUGAGGCGCUUGGAUCCUGGAUAGGGGCAACGUCGAUGCCGCCUCGGCGAGAUUGCCAGCGCACAAGCUGGCCCAAUUCAAGCGAGGUAGGUGAGAGACCCUCAAUAAUGUUAUCAGAUACCUGGAUGUUCACACGGCUUCGUCUAUCGCAGCCUCGGCGGCUCACACGAACGGGUUGGAGAACCUUUCACUCUUCGUCGGAGCGAUCGUACGCCCCGUUUCCUUCCUCUCCCUCCACACAUCACAACGGGUGGUAAUCUCUCAAUCUUUAUCCCUCAGCUUUCCGCCAAUUGGGCUUCGGUACCGACAGAGAAGUUGAAUCAAAUUGCCGUCCUACAGUCAGUCACUAUCGAGUCUGAACUCUGCCAGCUCGUGAUACCCAGCAGCUGACUACCAUCUCCUUCUAGCGUUGUUCUGAGGUUCAUAUACAACCCCGUCUACAUCUUUGGGAAUUCGAAGAUUGUUUCCCUGCUCCGGUGAGUCCCUUACACACUGAUCACGAGUUGCUUGACGCCCCCUAAGUUUAAACGGACCGGACUGCUGAUUUUGUCCCCUCGUCGAUGCUCAGUUCAACCAUCUGGUUCGGAGCUCAAGGUAUGACGCGCGUAUAGCUACGUCCCAGAUUAUUGGUAAGUAUCUGACUGGAGAUAUCUUCCCCCUUCAGGCUCGUCUCUAUACCUUCUCAAGCUCGCGGCCGACCAGACCUCCGGGAUCGACUCGACUCGAGCCGCCACCACCUUUUUGGCACCGCCGGCGUUGGUCGUGUUGUUGAUUUUGGGAGCAAGGAUUGGAAAGUGA